ACAGCAGCGGAGGGGUUGGAGUACCGGCUUGAGCGAGUGGUGUCUCACCAGAUGGCCCAUUACAGUGACGUGGCCCGGAUGGCUCUGGCCUACAAGUACGGGGGCACGUACCUAGAUCUGGACGUCAUCGUGCUCAGAAGUCUGCGACAGCUGAGGAAUUACAUCGUGAUUGAAAAUGGAAAACCAAGCAUACUAAUGUCGCAUUCGGACAGCGGGUGUAAUAUCCGCGAUAUGAGUCAGAGAGGUCAAAAGAUCAACCCGGGCCAGUUCCAUUUCAGUGCAGGACACCCCUUCCCCCAGCAUGUGUUGGCAUAUGUGAACUCUACUUAUGACUCGCAGCUGGACGACAGACAACAAGCCGGCCCAAGAGUCAGUUCCAAAGUGGCCAAACGAAUGUAUAGUUUGAAGGAGCUCCUCAACAUCCAUAUCACAUCUACUCAAGGAAGUAGCAGCAGUUUUUCGAUCUUACCCGACUUCACUUUCAUGGCGGCCUCGUUCAGCCGAAUCCGAGAGGAGCUGUGGCCUCGGAAGGCGAGGUCGGCGGAGGAGUGGAACAGAUUGUUCCGAUGCAGUUACGCAGUCCACUACCACUCAAACGUGUUCAACAAGUAUCGAAUGACAGGCGACCCCAGUCGAGACUUUUUCUCUUACCUGGCCCCAAAUCACUGCCCAAGGUCAUUCCUCACUUUAGAAUGAAUUGAACAAAAUGAUAUUCCGAAGUUGUUUUUCAACCAUUUACGCAGUGACAAGAAAUCAGACAAAAAAACUUAAUAAAUUACUGAAAGGGAAU